AUGUAAAUAUGUAUAUUUAUCUCAAAAUUCAGAUUCACUGUCGGUAGGAAGUCAUAUAUGAAAUUCAGAUAGUUUGCAGCAAAACACAGAAAAGGAAAGAAAUUAAUCUUUAAAGCCGGCGGAAACGGACACAGAGGGUCUUCUUCUGAGCUCAAAGCUGGUAAAUGCUCAAAUGGAUCAUGUUUUGGCGCCUCAACUCCCCUGCAAAAAUCUCUUCACCAAGCCUUCUCUCCCUCAACCCAUUUCCUCUUCUCUUCUAAAUGUAUCCCAACUUCUAACGAGUACCCACAACUCAUCUCCCAGUUGAGCUUAAACCAAGACUGUCUUUUGGCGCCAACCGAAAUACCAUACUUCAAGCUUCUGUCCCACUGCAUUGCUUCAAAAUCUCCAAGUUCAGGCAAAGAAAUUCACUCCCAUAUUAUAAAAUUUGGAUUAUCAAAUCAUUCAAAGUUCCGAAACCAUUUGAUCAAUUUGUAUGCUAAGUGUCGAAUUUUCGGGUAUGCCCGGAAACUGGUUGAUGAAAGUCCUGAACCGGAUUUGGUUUCUUGGUCUGCGUUGAUAUCUGGGUAUGCCCAGAAUGGACUUGGUCAAGAAGCAAUUUUGGCUUUUCAUGAGAUGCAUGUAUUGGGUGCUAAGUGUAAUGAGUUCACUUUUCCCAGUGUGCUCAAAGCUUGUACUCUUACCAAGGAUUUGAAAUUGGGAGUACAGCUUCAUGGGAUAGUGAUGGUUACAGGGUUUGAAUCCGAUGAUUUCGUUGCAAAUGCUUUGGUUGUUAUGUAUGCAAAGUGCGGGGAGUUUGGUAAUUCAAGGAAACUGUUUGAUUCAAUUCCGGAACCAAAUGUUGUAUCUUGGAACGCCUUGUUUUCUUGUUAUGUGCAGGGUGAUAUGUGUGAAGAGGCAGUUGAGUUGUUUCAGGAAAUGGUUUCAAGUGGAGUAAGACCUAAUGAGUAUAGUCUGUCUAGCAUGGUAAAUGCUUGCACAGGCAUGGGGGAUAGCGGACAAGGAAGGAAAAUUCAUGGGUAUUUGAUUAAGCUGGGGUAUGAUUCGGAUGCCUUCUCAUUGAACGCCCUCGUUGAUAUGCAUGCAAAAAUAGGAGAGCUUGAAGAUGCUGUUGCUAUUUUUGAGGAGAAUGCACAUCCUGAUAUUGUUUCUUGGAAUGCUGUUAUUGCUGGUUGUGUUCUAAAUGAAUUUCAUGAUUGUGCUUUGGAAUUUUUUGGGAAAAUGAAAAGGUCGGGGAUAUAUCCAAAUAUGUUUACUUUGUCAAGUUCUCUGAAAGCUUGUGCUGGAAUUGGACUCAAGGAAUUAGGUAGACAGUUGCACUCAGAUGUAAUAAAGAUGAAUGUGGAGUCAGAUUCUUUUGUGGUUGUUGGACUAAUAGAUACUUAUGCCAAGUGUGAUAUGAUGAAAGAUGCAAGAAUGGUUUUUGAUCUGAUGCCAGAGAAAGACAUGAUUGCAUGGAAUGCCAUGAUCUCUGGACAUUCACUAAAUGGAGAAGACAUGGAAGCCGUGUCGCUCUUUAGUCUGAUGUACGAUGAGGGAAUAGGAUUUAAUCAGACAACUUUAUCAACAGUCCUGAAAUCUAUAGCUAGUUUGCAGGCUAGCAACCCUUGUGAACAAAUUCAUGGACUGUCCGUAAAAUCAGGGUUUCCAUCGGACAAUUAUGUUGUAAACAGUCUUAUUGAUGCUUAUGGAAAAACUGGCCAGAUAGAAGAUGCAUCAAAACUAUUCAAAGAGUGUGCUAUUGCAGAUUUGGUGGCCUUCACAUCUAUGAUCACUGCCUAUGCUCAAUAUGGACAAGGUGAAGAAGCUCUAAAGCUCUAUUUGGAAAUGCAACAUAGAGAUAUAAAGCCAGAUCCAUUUGUUUGCAGUUCUCUCCUAAAUGCAUGUGCAAAUUUGUCAGCAUAUGAACAAGGGAAACAAGUUCAUGUUCACAUUUUGAAGUUUGGAUUCAUGUCAGAUAUCUUUGCUGGGAAUUCUCUUGUUAACAUGUAUGCAAAAUGUGGAAGCAUAGAUGAUGCUAAUCGUGCCUUCUUUGAGAUACCCGAGAGAGGAAUAGUCUCAUGGUCUGCGAUGAUUGGAGGACUAGCUCAACAUGGGCAUGGGAAAGAAGCGCUCCAAUUAUUCAAUCAGAUGCUUGACAAUAGGAUUUCUCCAAACCACAUAACUCUAGUUAGCGUCCUUUGUGCUUGCAAUCAUGCAGGCUUGAUAACUGAAGCGCAAGAGUAUUUUAAAUCAAUGAGAGCCUUAUUUGGAAUAGAGCCUGUGCAGGAGCAUUAUGCUUGCAUGAUUGAUCUCCUUGGCAGAGCUGGGCGAUUACAGGAAGCGAUGGAGCUAGUCAAUAACAUGCCAUUUCAAGCUAAUGCCUCAGUCUGGGGGGCACUUCUUGGCGCUGCAAGAAUCCAUAAAAACGUCGAGCUUGGCCAACUAGCUGCUGAGAUGCUUUUUGCUCUGGAACCAGAAAAAUCUGGUACUCAUGUCCUUCUAGCCAAUAUUUAUGCAUCAGCUGGCAUGUGGGACAGUGUAGCAACGAUGAGAAGGCUCAUGAAAGACAGCAAAGUAAAGAAAGAGCCUGGAAUGAGUUGGAUUGAGAUCAAAGACAAGGUGUACACUUUCAUUGUAGGAGACAGAAGUCAUGCUAGAAGCAAGGAAAUCUAUGCAAAGCUUGAUGAACUCAGUGACCUCUUGAACAAAGCUGGUUAUGUUCCAAUGGUAGAGACAGAUCUUCAUGAUGUGGAACAAAGAGAAAAAGAGCACCUUCUUUACCACCACAGUGAGAAACUUGCUGUGGCUUUUGGGUUGAUUGCAACUCCCCCAGGAGCUCCUAUCAGAGUGAAAAAGAAUCUCAGAAUCUGUGUGGACUGCCAUACAGCAUUCAAGUUCAUUUGUAAAAUUACCUCCAGGGAAAUUAUCGUGAGAGACAUCAACAGAUUCCACCAUUUUAGAGAUGGGUGUUGUUCCUGUGGAGAUUAUUGGUGAUAUUAAGUAGAGCUGAAGUUAGUGUAGGUGCUGUACUAACUGUAUACACACUUUGACCGAUCAGUUAUAAACCUGCUAAAGCCUCAAGAUCAACUUAUCGUGAACAUCUACAUUUUUUUCCAAUUCAGACAUUUUUUUUAAAAAGUUUUGUAAUCAUAUUUGAUGUAUUGAUUUAAAUCUGCUCUGGCAAUAAAAGAAGUUUUACCGUUGUAAGUGCA